AUGGGAGCAAAGCCUAGCAAUUUAGUUGCUGCGAUUGACUUUGGAACGACAUAUUCAGGAUUCUCUUAUUUGUUCAGUACAGAUCCGAACAACAUAAUUACAGCAAGUCAUGGAUCAAUUUUACCAGACGAUCGUGUACCGACAAUACUUCUCCUAAAUCAGGAUAAAUCGCUUCAUUCUUUUGGAAUUGAUGCUGAAGAUAACUAUUCAAAGCUUAUGCUGUCAGGUAAACAUAAAGAAUAUCGCUUAUUUCGUGAAUUCAAAAUGGCACUAUAUACCAAAAGCGAAAGAUUAGAUUCAGAUAUACAUAUCUAUGACACUGAAAAUAGACCAAUGAAAGCUAUGACCGUGUUUUCAAUUGUAAUUAAAUACUUUCAAGAGCUAGUUUUGAAAUCAGUUAAACAAAGCAAAUUGUGUAAGAAAGAUUCUUUUGAAAAGAUCAUUUGGAUGCUGUCAAUACCUGCAAUUUGGUCGGACUCAGCCCGUCAGUUCAUGCGGGAAGCAGCUAUUUUAGCUGGCAUUGAUGAAACACGUCUUAGACUGGUACUUGAACCAGAAGCAGCAGCUUUAUUCUGUAAAACCCAACUGUUAUGUGCAAGCUCAAACGCCCAAUUGACUCGUCUCAAAUCAAAAUACAUUUUAGCUGAUCUCGGAGGCGGAACAGUUGACAUUUGUGUGCAUGAAGUUUUGUCCAGUGGGAAUAUUCGAGAACUUCAUCGUGCCGUUGGCGGAGAUUUUGGGGGAUCCAAAGUUAAUAUUGAGUUCAUGCAAUUUCUCAUCAAAUUAUGUGGUGCUCCAGUUAUGAAAAAGUUCAAGAGAUCGCACUAUUAUGAUUAUUUAAUGCUUACGCGAGGUUUUGAAAAUGUAAAGAACACAUUCGACUUAAGAGACGAACCGUUUGUCAUACACAUCCCAUCAACAUUGAUUGAGAUGGUCAAAAACGACUCAGACAGCAACAUAGAAACAUUAUUGAAUCAGUCAGGGUAUUCGACUUGGGUUGAACUUCGGGAUAGAAAUAAACUGUGUUGUAAUAAAAAACUCAUGGAAGUUUUCUAUAAAUCAUCACUUGAUGGUAUUAUUAUGAUUUUAAAUGACAUAAAAUCAUGUUUCAGAGAUACAAUUGACACAAUUCUAGUUGUAGGCGGUUUUGCCGAGUCACAAUAUCUGAGAGAAUUCAUUUCUACGAAAGUAAAAAACAUUGUUCUUGCACAAGAACCAAGACUUGCUGUGUUAAAGGGUGCACUGAAAAUGGGAUUGAACCCAAACGUAAUCAUUGAGAGGAGAGCAAGAUACACAUAUGGUUUCUGUGUGGCCGAACCAUUCAAUCGAGACAAACAUUCGAAGUCUCUGAAAUUUAAGAGGGAAGGAAAAUAUUUUUGUGAUCGCAUAUUUUCUAAAGUUAUAGAAAAGGAUAUGAAUUUGAAAGUAGGCCAACGAUUCAAAGUCAACGUAAAUGAAAAUAUUCCGCACUCAACAAAUAUGAAUAUUUCUAUUGCUUUGUAUCGAAGUUCAAAAAAGAAUCCUAGAUAUUGUUUAGAAUCGAACGACGAAUGUACAGAAGUUGGGACAAUAAUUAUAGAAGCUCCAGAAGGCGGGUGGCCUAGGUGCUAUAACAUAGACCAAAUUCUUAUAGCAGAAGAAACAGAACUGAAAGUGAUAGCUUUUGAUAAAACAAAUGGAAGAUUACUUAAGACUAAAGUAGAUUUUUUGUGA